UUUGGUAAUAACAACAUGGCCGCCUUCUGUAAAGGCGCACGCCGGUUUAAACGAAUAAUAUUUUGCCACAGUUUAGUAAGAGGGUUUUCAGGUAAAUAUGAGUAUGAUAUUGUGGUUAUUGGCGGAGGAUCCGGGGGACUCGCCUGUGCCAAAGAAGCUGCUCAGUAUGGGAAGAAAGUUGCCGUCCUCGACUACGUAGAUCCGUCGCCUAAAGGCACGAAGUGGGGUCUGGGGGGGACCUGUGUGAACGUAGGCUGCAUCCCCAAAAAGCUCAUGCACCAGUCUGCCCUGUUGGGAGUAGCUUUGAAGGACGCCUCCAAGUAUGGCUGGAAUGUCCCCCACCAGCCUUCUCAUUGCUGGGCCACCAUGAGCUUGGCCGUGCAGAACUAUGUCAAGUCUCUCAACUGGGGUCACAGGGUUCAGCUGCAGGACAGGAAGGUGAAGUAUUUUAACCUGAAAGGCCAGCUGGCAGACGGGCAUACUGUUAUCGGAACAAACAAAUCUGGGAAGGAGACGGUCCUGAGUGCCCAGGACGUUGUGAUUGCCACUGGAAGCCGGCCAAAAUACCCCGUGCAUGUCCCAGGCGCAGUGGAACAUGGCAUUUCCAGUGAUGACAUCUUCUGGAUGAAGGAGUCCCCGGGAAAAACGCUUGUCGUCGGUGCAAGCUAUGUGGGCCUGGAGUGUGCUGGAUUCCUGACGGGCAUCGGGCUGGACGUCACAGUCAUGGUCCGCAGCGUGGCACUACGCGACUUCGACCAGCAAAUGGCAGGCCUGGUGACGGAGCACAUGGACUCUCACGGGACCAAGUUCCUCUGGAGGCGUGUCCCCAGGAAGGUGGAGAAGCUGCUAUCCGGGUCCCUGCAGGUGACAUGGGUGGAGACCAGCUCUGACCGUGAGGAGCAGGACACCUUUGACACGGUGCUCUGGGCUGUGGGGAGAGCCCCCGUGACCAGAGCUCUCAACCUGGAUGCUGCUGGAGUGAAACUCGACGAAGACACAGGAAAAAUCGUCGUCUCCGCCAGUGAGGAGACUUCCGUCCCGCACGUGUUUGCCCUGGGGGACGUGGCCAAGGGCCGCCCCGAGCUGACCCCCCCCUCCAUCCGGGCCGGAAAGCUACUGGCCCGCAGGCUGGCUGGAGUCUCCACGGAAAUCAUGGACUACGACAACGUUCCCACCACGGUCUUCACCCCCUUGGAGUACAGCUGUGUGGGUCUGUCCGAGGCAGAGGCAAGGAGACUGUACAGGGAGGAUGGCAUUGAGGUGUACCAUGCCUUCUACAAGCCCUUGGAGUUUGCCGCGGCUCAGCGAGAUUCUAGCCAGUGCUACAUCAAGGCCGUGUGUUUGCGAGGUGGAGACCAGCGGAUCCUGGGCCUGCACUUCACCGGGCCCAAUGCCGGGGAGGUGAUGCAGGGCUUCACACUGGGGAUUCGGUGUGGGGCCACCUACUCCCACCUGAUGAAUACAGUAGGGAUACAUCCUACCUGCGCAGAGGAGCUGACCAAGCUGCACAUCAGCAAGCGCUCAGGGCUGGACGCUACGGUGACAGGGUGCUGAGGUUAAGCCCCGCCCCUAAUCCUUGGAGCUCGCAGCAGUGCCCGGCCCCGGGCUGAUAAGUCGCUUAGCCCCGUCUCUCCGCUGGAUGCCAGCAUGUUAGGGGUGUGUCCACUGUGGGCGUGGCUACGUGGUUUUCCUGUAGUUUGUACAGGCUAAAAAGUCAGUUUGGAGGUCCCCCCGCCUCUCCGAGUCUGGCCCUGUUAUGAAUACAGCAGUGUACAGAUACACACAGGUUAUUAAAGACCGUCUGGAAUGACGUCCAGCAGCUGUUACGGGUAAAAGUUCAGGAAGAAACAUUCUGCUAGCAUCUUCGCCAAAUGUUGUUGUUCCUGCAGCUCUGCUUCCUGCUCAUUCGUCUUGGCUUCUGACACAGUGGGUGUCUGUGACACUGAUGGAUGGGAAGGCAGCUCUUCUGGUAACACCCCUAUUUCCCAUGGACCCAAACCAGUCCUGGGCGGGGCUGCCUGUCAGUCUCUGGCAGACUCAGGGGGCCCAGCGGCUGCUGCCAUCGCCCCGGUUGACGCGCAGUGGUACUGCAAUAAUGGCGGUCGGUCCCCCAUUGUGCAGUGAGGUUUAGCUCCGGGGCAUAACUCUGGCAGGCAGUGGCCAUCAUACUUAAACUGGACACUAGAUGGUGCCCUUGCCCAUGUUAUUGUUUAGUUUUUGAUUCCUGUUCUUAUUGAUGACUCUGGAUUUUGAAGCAUUGAUCGAAAUGAAAAUGAGUUAAAUGGCACCAGCUUCACCUAAUGAAUAACCUGCAGGAAAAUUGAGCUUGACUGUUGCUGUUGGGCUGCUGGUUCAGGCCGCGUUCAUCACGUACCAGAUGCCGCGACGGAGUGGUGGCACCCAGCCAACAUCUCGCCCCCCUGCGUGCUUUUGCUUAUUUACUUUCAGUCUGAGCUGGCCCGCUUAAAAUUUCUGAAAUGCGUCAAAGCGGGCAUCUCUCAGGCCUGCCUGGGAAUGAUGGGAAAGCGGGGGGGGCGGCGACUAAGAGUCGUCGAUGGGUUUAUUUUAGUUUGAAGUCUAAUCUGCCGGCACUGAUUAAUGACCCGGGCCAGGCUGGCGGUGUGUGCUGCCCGGUUUAUUUGUACCUGGAGAGGGCCCGGCCCAGCCCGGCCUGGCCGAGAUUCCUGCGAGCUCCAUUCUGGGACGGGGCGCUGAUGGAGGACCCUAGACACCCCCCCAACCCCACCAUGGCAUAGAAGCAGCAUGACUCUCACACCCUGUGCUGCAGGUCUCUGGUGCUCCCAUAAGCCUUGGGAAGGCUUCAGGACAUCCCCGAGUCUGUAUGCAAGGCUCUUUGUAGUCCCAUAUUUUUGUGUCACUCCUGUGUCACUCCUGUGCUGUGGUGAGAUGAGUAGCACUGGUUAUGUCGCCAUUGUAAGGGUAAGGGCUCGGUGUCCAUGGAAACCAGUUAAUGAUGACUUGUACUAAAACCCAGAAUGGGAUGGACAAGUUUGAAAUCACCUGGUAACCAUCCGAGUUGCUGUUAAUGUUUUCUGUAUAGUGAAUAUGUGCACAAAUAAAAGCAAGGAUUAAUAGUG